GGAGGGGCCUUGUCAUGGCUCGCCUUGCUGCCCGAGAUUACGAUAAUUAUAUUAAAAAUAAACUUUUUAUGGCAUUGUGGCAUUGCAAAUGCAAUUUAUUCAAAUGAAAAAAAUCCUCGUCUUUCGUAACCAGAGCUUAAGCUGCACUUUAUCGCCAGGUAUUUUGGAGGCGGAACAUUUACAGCUUUACAUGGAAUUGCAACGAAAUGAGCCCGUGACAUGACAUGCCGACGCAGGCCUGACAUGGAAAUGUGAGGAGCCAGUGUGGAUAUGGAAAAAAGUGGGCACUAGUGAAGGUAACUGGGGACUUAAAACUCGCAUGAUGGACGGACAGGCAGAAGACUGAUGGUUCUGACGCAUGGAGAGUGGAUUUUGGCAAACACGACGUAAAAGCUCGAAACGUUUAGGGUCUGCUGGUUGUUCUCGAAUUUCACUUUCGUUGGAAUCAAAUAUUUGCGGUUGGCAAAGAGAUAACAAAGCAAUCCGAGCGACUUAAACCAAGUGGCAAUAUGAAGUUCUUGGCCCUAAUUAUAUCGACCUUUUUGAUCCUGAGUCUGGCAUCUCAGAUGGAGGCUCGCAAGCGAUUCUACUGCCUGUGGAGCACCAAAAGGACCUGCUCCAAGAGCACUCCCAGAUGCAUCCGCCUGCAAACUGGAGUGGAUAACGCUAUGCCCACCUACACUUGCAAAUACUAUCGCAGCGAUUGCCAGUAUCUUCUAGAUAGUUGCAAGGGCGAGACAAGUUUUGGCCUACUUGGAACAUCGGUGGAUGUGCAAACCAAUUGUGUUACCAAUGGUAUUGCAAUUGGAGGAACUGGAGUCUGUUAG